UGGAAUUCCUAGGAUAGUUCGCGAAGAAAACAGGGUGCGGUGAGCUUUUUUCUUAACUCAUCAUCGUAAUAGAGUAUAUAACCGUUCAGGUCGAUUCGCGAUGAAACAGUUAGCGAUUCGAACUGGUCAGCGAUGAAUUUUACGGUAAUGGAGAAAAGAAAAGAAGCCAUGAGGUUGCUGUUACGGUUAGCAACAUCGAUUCUCCUAACGUCGGUUCACGCCGACGUUUCUCCUUAUCAUGAAAUAGUGGGCGUCGGACAAUCUGCGCCACCGUUUUUCGUUGCUCCACUUUAUGGAGUUGCACCUGCGGUGACCUUGUUGGCCCCGGAGCCCAUAAAAGAGACUGAAACGAUUGUCGCCGGUCCCGUGACCACCACUACAGUCGAGGGAUCCUCUUCCGGACCUGUGACUAUCCUAUCGCCUGGUAGUUCCAGUAAAAUUCUACAAAACACAGCUCCAUCGAUCGAAGAAACGACGAAUAUAUCGAGUGUACCAGCGGAUGAUUCGGUGCUCGUUAGAGGAGCGUCGUCUGGUCCGGUAAUACUGAUAGCCCCUUCCGAUAAUUCCGUCGCUAUCGGCGUCGCUGAUAACGCAGCGUCAGCCGGAACGGAAACAAAGAAAGGCGUCGUUGCUACGUCAGCGAAGGCGUCUGUCGCAAUCGAAAACGCAGAAGAAUCGUCGCCGACCGCGGAUGCAUCAGCGAACACGACGGCAAUUAAAGAAACAAUAGGAAUAGCGUCAGCGAACGCUGUAAUAGGUCCCUCCACAGGUCCCAUAGUUAUUACUGGUCCAACAGCACCGCCGUUGCCUAUUGCUCUCGCUACUUCAACAUCUUCAUCAGCGACUGUUUCUGCUUCCACGACUGUUAUUUCUAUCAAUGCGACUACCACCGCGGCUGCAAAUGUUUCUAGUAUCUUAACUGAUGAUGGAGGAAACGAUGAAGCACCUUCUCUCACAGCAUCAGGAUACUUACUAUUUACAGAGACGACAAAGUCAGGGAGGAUCGAGGGUGUAGCGUCUAGCAGGAGUUCUCUGACGACCGGUUCCGGUAACACGGUAGCAUCAUCGACGGCGAGAGUUAAUUUAAUUCCACCUGGAGCCACGAUCGUAGUCGGCGAGACGCCUUUAAGUAACGUUGUCGUAUCAGCGCCAACAACCCCGUCCGUGCUCGUUUCCGGUCCCAAGGGAAGAGUUUCCGGCGUCGGUGCUUCCUCGCUGCUGUUCAAAGCGCCCCUGUAUCCAUUGCAGCGUUAACUGCUUGUCCCAUUCGUUGUUCCUCCGGGGUGAAGAUAUAAAAGAAAAAAAAAAAAAAAAAAAGGAGAGAGAAUCGUUUCUGACGCUUGAAUUACGCGACGUUUAUUCGCAGAUGCUCGACGUAUCCUUUCUAAAGACAGUUUCGCUCUGUUAACGGCGAGACAAGCCGUGCAUUCGUUGACAUUGCGUUGGCGACACGACACAAGGAAGGGAACAUGUUGUGCAAGGACAACCGGAGACCAACCAGAAGCGAGGAACUGGCAUUGAUGGCAGCAAGUUGUUUGCUUGAAAACCACUGUUGCAUACAAUGGCUGCAAUAUUUUUCCCACCUCUUCGUAUCGUUGCGUGUAGCAAGGUGCAACAGUUUCAGGGCCUCGGGCUGAUUAUAAUAACGGUAUUGCUUUUUAUCAUAUUUAUUCGCAGUUCGAUGUAUUUCUGUAGUCGUGAUUUAUUGACACCUUGAACGGCACAAUGGAAAUAGAUGCACGCAGCGAAACAGAAUGCAUAACAAUUAUUGAGGAUAUAAUUUCUUUAUUUUCAAUGUUAUACAUUAUAUUAUUAGUAAGAUUUUAGAUUAAUUCCUAUUAACUUUUACUUUUUAUAUUCCAUAUUACCACGAUAUUAAUUAACAUUUCUCAUUGAGAGGAAAUAGUUGUUACGUUACGAGAUCUAUGAAUGCUAAUCAAUUUCAUCAUUGUAAACAAAGUAAGCGAUCUAAUGAAAUCAUAUUCAUCCACUUGAUCUAGUUAUCUAGUAUGUGAUCGAAGCGGCUGGCGCAACCUUUGCUUUGGGUUAAAUCAUAGCAAACAAGCCGAACCUAAACCGUACGAUUAAGCUUGAAACUCAAUUAUUACAGAAUCGCUUUCACUAGGCAAAUCGACUGUGUCGAGUUGGCUCACUAUGGACUUUUGACGUAUACACGCGUUUGUUCGCAUUUGAACCUUUUCCAGCUUAUACAUUUUGUAAGAGUGAUCCAAUCACACGAUGAAUUUAUUUGAUUAGCUAUCUCUAAAAAAAGAGCAAUCUCUUUGAAGUAUUAUGGUUUCAAUGUCACUGAAAUGGCACACGGUGCUCGACAAUUCUAACAGUGACAAUUUAAAUUUCAUUAUUUCUAAGAUUUAAAAAGAUUUUUUAUUUUGAAAUUACAUUGUGUGCAUUGAAAAUAUCUUAAAUCUAUCUCAUAUCUAAUCGUAGCUUAUAAUACGACAUUACUGGGUCGCUAUAUAUAACUAAGCAUUUUAAUUUGAAUAUUUUUUGCUCGUGCUUCAAGGCGUAAAGAGCUUGAUCAAGGAAGCCGUUCCUACGCUAUCUUGCUUCUCACUUCCUGUGAGACUCAUGGAUUGAGCCAAGCUCGUUAUAUCGGUCAAUCCUAGAAAUAGACACGAUAUAAUUAAUUCAAUUUUCUAAUAAACACUUCACAUAAAAU